CUCAUCGAACACUAACUUGAAAUUCCCACCAUUUUGCCUUUGCUUAAACUCUUCACUUCAAUCAGUUCAAUGUCCACCAACGACAACGACAACGAAGAUCCAUGGUUGGCCCCAGACAAGCUUCACCAUCUGCUCUUCUGUUUCUCUCUCACACUCCUCUUCUCCUUCCUCGCGACCCGUACCCGCUACCCUUUCCUCCGCCGCCACUCCAUUCGGGUCGGAUCCAUCCUCUCCCUCCUCGCCGGCGCUGCGAAAGAGGCUGCCGAUCACCUCGGAUUUUUCCAAUCCUCCGGAGCCUCUGCGAAGGACGCCGUCGCCGAUUUCAUUGGCGUUCUCAUCGCUUAUCUCGUGCUAUCGCUUGUUUCAUCGUUCUGGUUCUCGGGUCGACCCGAUAAGGGUCCGGGUCAGACCUCGAUGGUCUGAGCGGGCUAUUGGGUCCGAAUCUCGUUCGUGGGGCCGGGCCGGGUAUUUUUUUUUUUUUUGAAUGCGUUCAAGUAGUGAGUGAGGUUGGCUAGGCCUAGGAGGAGCUUCAAUCAAGCUUUCCAGGCAUCGGGUCAACCCGGGUUUCAGGGCCGAGAUGUUUCAUGGGUAAUUGGGUCAGAAUGCAUGGUUAGUGGGGUGGAGCAUUCUGUGAUGGGUGGUUGAAGAAGAGGAAGGUUUGUUUUGUUGGUGAGAAAGUGUGGGAAAAGAAAAGCAAGGUUCCAAUUUAGUGAAGGAAUUACAAGUGCUGCUGAGAAAUGUGGGAUUGGUGAAGAAGGAAAAAUGAAAAAGAAAAAGAAAAAGGAUUUUGGGUUUUGGAUUAGUUGAGGUACCUUUUUUGUUCCCCUUGAUGUCUUUGGAAAAUAACAAUUAAAUUUUGUUUACCUUGCCUUCUUGUUCUCAUGUACCAAGUGGAGAAUUAUAAUUGCCUUUUUGUGCCCCUUUCCAUCCUAAUUAAUGGUUAUAGAAGAAUUAUUAGUAAAUUCACAUUUUUUUUUUUAUUAUUCAUAUUCUUCCAUCAAGUGAAUUUUUUAUCUAGUGAAUUUCUGCUGUUAUUCAAUUUUUUUCCCUUCUGUUAUCCGGAAAAACUUCUGUAAAUUGAGCAUAUAUUACAUUGUCUUUGUCAAUUGUUUCGAGUCCAAUGGAUGUUAAAAUUGAGAAGCAGGAGAGGCUUUGGUUAAGUUCAGUUUAUGUUAAUGGGUUCUGCUAA